AUGCGGCUAAUUGUUCGUGAGGAUUAUGAAGAAGUAUCCAGCUAUGUCGCAAAUUACAUUAAAGAGCGGAUCAAACAAUUCAAUCCUACAGCCGAGCGACCUUUUGUGCUAGGAUUACCAACAGGCUCGUCACCUAUUGGCACAUAUCAAAAACUCGUCGAAUUGUAUCGUGAAGGCGAGCUGAGCUUUGAGCAUGUGGUCACCUUUAACAUGGAUGAAUACGUGGGCUUACCGCGUGAUCAUCCAGAAUCCUACCACACGUUCAUGUGGAACAAUUUGUUCAUGCACAUCAAUAUCAUCCCGGAAAAUGUCAACAUUCUUGAUGGCAACGCGCCCGAUCUUGAUGAGGAAUGCAAACGUUUCGAAGCAAAAAUCGCACGAUUGGGCGGCAUUGAGUUGUUCCUUAGCGGAAUUGGCCCUGAUGGUCAUAUCGCUUUCAACGAACCUGGUUCAUCAUUAACUUCACGCACCCGUGUCAAGACACUUGCUUAUGAAACCAUCAUUGCCAAUGCUCGAUUCUUUGAUGGGAAUAUCGAAAGAGUACCCAAAUUGGCGCUCACCGUGGGUGUUGCGACAGUCAUGGAUGCACGUGAAGUGCUAGUCAUCAUCACUGGUGCACAUAAGGCUAUAGCACUCGCCAAGUGCAUUGAAGAAGGUGUCAACCACAUGUGGACCGUAUCCGCCAUACAAUUACAUCCCAAAGGGUUGAUUGUAUGUGACGAGGACGCUACGCUUGAACUACACGUCAAGACCGUCAAAUACUUUAAAUCAAUCGAACACGUGCAUCACUCGUUGAUCGGUGCUGAAAACAUUACAUUACAAGGGGGUGUGAAACGGCUUGAAGGCAUCCUCAAUCGACCUAUCACAACCAUAAGUGGUCCUUUUGAGUAG